CCGAGUGGGCAUAUCAACGGCACGACUGGCUGUCCGAGUCACAUGCAGAGCACUUUGGAGCAGACUGCAGCCGCUAUACAUGCCGAAACCCAAUACUGCCACUUGGCUACAUGUCGCUGAGGGGUUCAGGCACACCUGGCAGUUUCCAAACUGCCUUGGAGCUGUCGACGGCAAACAUGUACAUAUCAAGUGCCCUGGGAAAUCUGGAAGCAUGUACUUUAACUACAAGGGCACUUACUCCAUUGUCCUUCUUGCUGUGGCUGACAGCAAUUACAAGUUUGUUGUUGUGGACGUGGGUGCCUAUGGCAAACAGAGUGACGGGGGAGUGCUGGAGCAGUCCAUAUUUGGGAGACUACUUGACGAAGGAAAGCUGCAGCUUCCCCGAGACCUGCCACUGCCGAAUACAACCCUGCCGGCUCCUUGCGUUUUCAUUGGCGAUGAGGCCUUCCAGCUCAGAACUGAUUUUAUGAGGCCAUACCCUGGGCGAGGAUUGGAGGCUCGCAAGAGAAUAUUCAACUACCGCCUGAGCAGAGCCAGAAGGUGCGUCGAGAAUGCAUUUGGCAUCCUGGUGACCCGCUGGAGAAUUCUGGAGAGAGCAAUGGGAGAAUGUCCUGAAAACGCAGAGGAGACGGUGAAGGCACUGUGCGUGCUACACAACUUCCUGAUGGAUGCCCGCACAGGGAGUGAUGACUUUUACUGUGGGCCCGGCUAUGCCGACUCUGUAAGCCCACAGGGUCAACGGCAGAGUGGCCAGUGGCGGCAGUUAGUUGUACAGCCACCCAUGUAG